GACAGACAGAAAAAUGUGGCUGAUCGUGUUGGCCGGUUUCCUCCACUGCGCCUCGGCCUAUGAUGUGGAUCUGAAGAAGCUGGACGGGCUGGCCAAAGCGAGGGUGGAGACAUGCGGUGGAUGACAGCUGAACAGGCUCAGAGAGGUCAAAGCCUUUGUGGUCCAGGAUAUUCCUCUCUACCAUAACCUGGUGAUGAAGCACAUUCCUGGAGCCGACCCUGAGCUUGUCCUCCUGAACCACUACUACGAAGAGCUGGAUCGGAUUGCUCUGUCUGACAUGACCCGCUCUGAGAUUAACGAGCUGCUGGGGAAACUGGGUUUCUACAAGAAGGCUCAGCCGGAGGACGAGGUGCCGGAGGAGUUUCGCUUCUCGCCUGCCAAAGACAGCCCGUUCAAAGAUGAGCCUCCAUACAAAUCCUCCACUUCCUCCGUAGUUACAGAGAACGCCUCCUCAGAGCCCGACGCAGAAGUCAAGCACACUGACCUAUAACCUGUAAGAGUGGACAAAAGUAGGAACGCUAUCCCCAUAGCUGCUCCACGACCCGCUGGUUACUGCAGCCGAUGACAGAGAUGUUUGUAAUUUCAGAGUAAGGCCAGCAGAUCCUGGAUCAGCUCUUGGGGAAGGAGAAAAUCUCACCAUCAGCAGAAGGCCUUUAAAAAAAAAAAAAGUCCACAGUCUGAAUUUGCACAUAAAAUAUUUUUCAUGCCACUAGUUUCUCUUGUUUUUUUGGCAGCAUAAUAAAUCCAGCAGGCCGCUUUGUGAGUGCUUUUCUACUCUCCACACAGAGACUGGAUGCGUGUGUGUUUUACUUUGUUGUUUUUGUCAAUCAUGUGUCAGCCGUCUUCAGGAUCUUUGCAUCGUUUGAGUUCUUUUGUGUGUCUAUCAUUGCUUCCUACCUACUGUGAAACUGAAUGAAGCCUCAGGCUGAAAAUCGUCUGACUGGCCUGAGGUUGAUGCUGCAUGUUCUAGUGGGUUGGAUUGAUGCACACAAGAAGACUUAAGUGAAGGGUUGUAAAAGAAUAAAGUAAUAAAAUAUGUGAAAACACAAACUCA